AAAACUAAAGUAAAGUAUAGUUGAAAAUUUUACUACAAAUCAAGCACAGUUUGAGAGAGAAGAAGAAUUAUUUUUAAAAUGUCCAAAUUAUUCGUUUGCAGUUUCUUGUUCGUGAUCGCAGCCUGCGUUGGCAAUAUCUACGCUGAAGACAUUCAGGGUGGCGUAGCAACCACCAUUGCAGCACAUCCUUACAUCGUUUCCGUGCAAAAUAGCGAUGGCUCACGCAUCUGUGGUGGCAAUUCAACAACAGUUGUGACUACUGCCAGUUGCUUGGAUACAUACGAAGUUUCCGAAUUGCUGGUUGGUCUUAACAAUGGCGCUAAAACUGUAAAAAUUGCUGCCUAUGGCUUCGAUCCCAGCUAUGAUUUCAGCACUAUGGAAAGUGAUGUUGCCGUUGUGAAAUUGGCCGAAUCAGUGGAUAUUGAUGCCAUCGAGUUAGCUUCCAGUGAGCCAUCAAGUGGUGCAAGCGGUGUCAUUACUGGCUGGGCUGCUAACGAUAUUCUUGUAGAUAUUAAUGUGAGCGUAUUGAGUGCCGAAGUAUGUGGUUCCGGUGAUUACAAGUACAGCGAGGAUGAGAUUUUGGAUUCAAUGUUGUGCGGUCUUGCUACGAAUAGCCAAGCUUGUGGUGGUCUAAAUGGUAAUCCUGUUGUGGUCAACAAUCAAUUGGUUGGUUUAGUAUCUUGGGGUUAUGGCUGUGGCAACAAGGGCAAUCCAUCUGUCUUAACUAAUAUUCCCGAAUUACGAUCAUGGAUCGUUCAGGAAGCAGAAAGUUUGUAAAAUGUGAUAGGAAAAUGUAUUAUGAAAAUAAAAUAUGAAAUAAUUAUUAAAAAU